AUGCUGCUUGAUAGCGUAGCACCCCCCCUCCCACCACAUGCCGCAGAUUUCGGAUCCAUAGACGUGAACCACCCCUUGGAACCCGAGGAGUCUGAGGUACACUUGGAUAUUGACCAACCCAAGAUCAACAUUGAGGACGGUGACCUGGUGACUGAAAGGGACGCAGAUGCACUCCUGGGUUGGGUGCUAGUAGAUCAGGCACGGGCGUGGAAAGUUGGACAAGCAGCGCGUGGGCGAGCCGAUGCUAAGUUUGAAGAAGAGGAGAAUGAAGAGGACAAGGAUGAGGAUGGCUGGGAAUGGAUGGGCAGUUGGGAGACUGACAACAGUGAUGACACGGAUGAUGGGCAAUAA